GUCAAAAUAAACACGGCUUCUGGACUGGUGAGCAUGGAGGGCUGCUCGUUUCUCCCGUUCCCACCUCACCAUUCAGUCCGUCCUGCGCCCCUCACCUUCCAAUCAGCUUCAGUAAUUACUAGUGUCGAUCACAGUCUGAUCCUAACAGCAACGCGUGACACGCCACAGUUAACCAACCAUGGAAGCUGCAGAAAGCAAGCAGCAGCAACCGUCGCCGGAGGUUGCCAUGGCUCAUCACAAUCCAACACAGGUCACUCGUCGACUUCAUUUCUUCUCUGCAACAUCAACUCCACGUUUGGCUUCCCAUCGAUUUGUUUUUUUUUCUCCCUCUCUCUGCAGUCUGCGCACGCGCAGGGGCCGGGCAUUAGCAGCUCUACUCUGCCAAUGGAAGACACGGACGAGCUUCCGAUCCAACAUGGCGGCACACUAUCUGCUGAGGACCAAAAGAAGCCACUGUCGGUGACGAGCUGCCUGCUGCCAGCACGCAGCCUGAGAUCCACAGCAGCCGUUGCCCCUGCUGCUCAUGCUCAAAGCCAAGCCGACGGCGAUCUCUGCAUCCGGUCGCUGUCCUUCUCCAAGCUCUUCAGCUUCAGAAUGGCCAGGGCGACGUCAUCACUGUCCACCUCGGAGUACAUUGAUCAAACUGAUCCUGAUGCCGCCGCAAGCAACUGCUCCGCUCUAACUCCAGGUAACAGCAGCACCAAGGAGGAGGAGGAGAAGCUGAAGCAGGUAUGCCGCUCCCAGUCCGUGCCUACGAGCGGCAGGCGGUUCAAGGUGGCAAAAGGGUUGAGGAGAGUGGCGGACUCCAGCUCCCCCGGCCCUGCCCCAGCUGGAGUGUUCCGCCUCAGAGUGGUGCCACUUGUUCCUCAAACGGAGGCAAGCAUCACUGCAGUCGUCGGGGAGGAGGAAGCAGCGGUGGCCGCAGAAGACAUUGCGGUGGAGGAAGCGGUGUGCCGCAUCUGCAUGGUGGCACUGUCGGAAGAGGCGGUGCUGAAGCUGGAGUGCUGCUGCAAGGGUGAACUGGCCCUGGCGCACAGGGGAUGCGCCAUCAAGUGGUUCAGCAUCAAGGGCAACGGCACUUGCGACGUCUGCAGCCAGGAGGUGCUCAACCUCCCCGUCACCCUGCGCCGCCUCCAUGACCAUCCAUCCAUUCAGGCUCAGGGUGCUCAGCAGCAAGCCGAUCCCACUGCCACCACCACCAGCAGCCGCGGCCGUCGGUACAGAGUGUGGCAUGGCACACCGAUCCUCGUGAUUAUCAGCAUGCUCGCCUACUUCUGCUUCCUGGAACAGCUGCUGGUUGGCGACCAUGGGACUGCGGCUCUGGCCAUCUCCUUGCCCUUCGCCUGCGUCCUCGGCCUCUUCUCCUCUCUAACCACAGCAAAGAUGGUGUCCAGGAGAUAUGUGUGGAUCUACUCUGCAGUGCAGUUCCUCUUCAUUGUGCUCUUCACCCACCUCUUCUACAGAUACGUAAGAUCCUCUCUGUGGCCACCCAAACAUCAAUCACAUCUCAUCAAACACGCUUAUCUACUGAACCAGGUGCGGAUGCAAGCUGUGAUCGCCAUCAUCCUGUCCACCUUCGCCGGCUUCAGCAUGGCCAUCUGCACCAACUCUGUCCUCCUCCAGAUUCUCAGAUGGAGGGCCAGGCAUGUGGCAUCGCCGACCACAACCACAACUGGAGAAGAAGGUCAUGGUUCCAGGGAGCCACCGGCGGCAGACCUUGAGAUUGCUUUGCCUCCAUCGUAGCUCGCUUCACUACCAUCCAAUCCUCUCUAGUUUAGUUCAGUCCAGCACCAGCUCCCCCUCCAGCUAGCUAUGUUUGUAUAUAGCUCCAUCUUUUGUUUGCUGAGACCUUGUUGUAUGCAUGAACCGUCCUUUCUGGCUUUCUAUGGUACUAAUCCGUGACAGUGAGCACCACA